AUGGCUGCAGAGACGGAGGAGACUAAGAAGAGGUUUUUCAGGAAACACAGCUGUGAACGGUGGACUGCAACACUGAUGGUUGGGAUAUAUGCGGUACGUUUUAGUGUCCUCAUUUCAAUGUCCUGCUUCUUCUGAUAGUUUUCUCACUCAUAUCUUUCUUCUCAUAUGAAUUACAUUUUAAUUCUAUAGCUACUCUUCGUUCUGGACAAAUCCAGCGAACAGUUUGUGGCAAAAAUGUGUGUCAAUUGACCGCUCGAACACGGGGUAGAGCUACGGUGGCCCUGAGGCGCAAUGGCACAAAUAUGACAUGAAAGUGAUAAACAAGUAAUUCAAAUCAGGAAAAAAUAUACUCAUUUAAAAUAUUUCUUGAAAAAAAAAAAAAAAAAACACACACACACACAAACAUAAAAAAAUAUUUUGGAAACACAAAGAAAUGUUAUAAAAGGUUACAAAAUAUUUUCUUAUUUCAAAAAUAUUUUUUAUUUAUGUUUUUUUACAUUUAUUUGUUUCUUCUCAUAUAUUUUGUGUCCAUGUGAGAAAUUACCACAUAUUGUAUGAUGGAGUAUUAGGGCCACAUUAAGAAAAAAAAAAAGAAGACUUCGAGAUUAAAGCCACGAACUUACAAGAAUAAAGUCGUAAUAAAAUCAUUACUUACGAUAAUAAAGUCGUAAUAAACUAAUUACGUACGAGAAUAAAGUUGUAAUAAAGUAAUCACUUACUAGGGUAAAGUCAGAAUAAAGUUUUUAUAUUCUAACCUGUUGUUUAAGAUGACAGUUGUUGAAAUGAGAGCCAUGGAGCAUUACAUGAAAAUAUACUUCCAUAAAGGUUUCUCAAACAUGGAGAUACUUAAUCUUUUGGCACAUCAGCACCACAUUAUCAUAAGUAUGAUAAUGAUUAUUAUUAGUAACUUUAUUCUUGUAAGUAUUGUUUUUACGACGACUUUAUUUUCGUAAGUAAUUACUUUGUUACGACUUUAUUCUCGUAAGAAAUGAUUUUACUACGACUUUCUUCUCGUAAGUAAUUACAGUAUUACAACUUUAUUCUUGUAAGUAAUUACUUUGUUACGACUUUAUUCUCGUAAGAAAUUAUUGUUCUACGACUUUCUUCUCAUAAGUAAUUACUUCAUUAUGACUUUUCUCGUAAGAAAAGAUUUUACCACGACUUUAUUCUCGUUAGUAAUGACUCAAUUCUCGUAAAUUAAUGACUUUAAUAUCCAAGUCUAAAUCUUUUUUUAAUGUGGUCCUAAUACUCUGCCGUAAUAUUGUAAUAUGUUUUUAACUUUGUAAAAAUUUUGCUUGCAUUUAUGAAAUACUUUUAUAUCGCCUUCCUGAAAUACAUGUGCCGUUGACCUUCAGGGCCACCGUCAAAGGCCUACUCCUCUUUAAGUGAAGUCUUGUGAUUCGUGUAAAAUUAGCAUGAGUGACAGAACAGCAGGAGACAUCACUGUUUGUUAUUCAAAGAAGAGUUACAUUGCAAGAAAAAGGAGGAGAGGAAAACUGAUCAGCUCUGAGAACAACUUACAGUCAAACGUGUUGGAGAUGUUGGAGCAGGUACCACACUGCAGUCAGCCUCUGUCAGAUUGGUUUAUUGUCUACUGGCUGGAAGUAUGAAACUGUUUCAGAGGGGAAAACGGUCUUUAAAUCAAACCCAAGUGAAACUAACCAUUUUAUUCAGUUGUUGUUCAAUGCUGUUGUGUAUACGAACAAAAAUAAAUGUGAAAUCUGAGUUGGAGAAUUGAUGACAUUGCACUUAGUAACAACAAAUCUUAGUUCAAAUGGAAACUGAACUUCCACCGUCAUGUAUUUAGCGACUUUCCUCCACCGUGUGAUAGCGUGAUAUUUGAGCUGUUCAAUAAGGCUUCUGUCUCUCUCUAGGUUUGGUGUUCGCUGUUGGUCAUUUUAACUGCAUCAGGUGUUUUUUUGGACAGCCAGAACUUUGAAUGCCGGGACACCAACGAGGUAAUACUACACAACUGCACUGCUUUUUGGUCAGUAAAUUAUUCUAAUGUGAAACUCAUGAGUUUAUCUGAAUUUUUAUCCAUCCACUUUUGAUUUUACAUCCCUGAGAAAAUCUGGUUCCAUCUGAGAUUAUUUUUAGAUAAAUAAAAAUGAAAAUUGGAAUCUUGAAAAUAUCAAGUUCACUGGGCCUCGAGUUGUAUUUUGAUCACGUUGAUGAUUGUUGAAUUUUUCUCUCGUAGAACUUUGUUGCAUCAAGGCUGAAAAGUGAGGCCAACCUUGUGUACUUGUGGUCAGGACUUAGUCUGCCUUCAUGUGCCCUGAUGCUAGUGGAACUCUGGAGAAAAAAGGGCCACUAUAAAAUAACGGUAUGUAGAUAUCUAUUUGAGACUUGCAGAAGUAUUCAUUGAGAAGAUAAAUAAACAAAUAAAUAUUUUUGGUUUUCUCUCCCCAGGCAGUUUGCAUGAUCAUAUUCCUGUCUGUGGUUAUGAUAUCAACUUUGAUCCUUUUGGGAAAAGAAGAGGCUCAGGUUGGCAAGUCCUAAUGUAGGAUUAGGUCAAAGUUAAAGACAUUUUUCAAAUAAAGAUUAGACAAUCCAUGUGCAGUAAGAACAUUAAUGUUGAUUUGUGCUGUUUGCAUCCAGGAUAUCCAAGAGUUGAUGAGCCGCUACCAUGGUUUAUUUCCCCUUUGGAACCCAACAAACAGGUUUACUGGCACGGGGUGUGAUGAACUCCAUAAUGUGUACCGCUGGCAGGCUGAGGUAAGAAAGAAAAUCUAUUUUAUAAUUCUCAUAAUUUUGUGUAUGUGUGUGUAUGAUAGGACCAUUUGUACAGUCAAGAAUUUGUAAAAACAGUAUCUUACACUGAAAAAGUAAAAAUGAACCCUGAGGAAACAUACUUUAAGAUUCAGCUUUCCACAAUUUCAAGGAGAUUUAUAGCAAAUUUUUAAUUAUCAUUGAGCGGUGGCCGCUAAUCAUUUUUAUUUUAUUUUUUAAUAUCUAUCCCAUGGUCCAUAACUUUGGUAACAACAGCUGAUCUGAACUACCACCAAACAGUCAAUGAGAAGGGCUAGACUCUAGCUCAAAAACUGGAAGAGAACUUUCGCCUAGGAGCUGGUUGAGACCAUAAACAGAUAAACAUGCGGCCGGCAUUUUGGACCUCACGAUAUUAAUAAGUGGCAAUCCUGGGGCUCAUCAUUGAGGGUGAAAGCGUUUAAGUGUGUACAUCCGCAGUCGAAGAUAGUUAUAGCUUUUGGUCUCCAAAGUCCUGAAUCACCUCUGGUUGUGUGUGUGUGCUGGCUUCAGUUUAAAUGUUGUGGACUCAGAGGCUACAAAGACUGGACACCCUCAAUCCCAGAUUCCUGCUUGUGCAGCGUCCAGGACAACAGCACCGGAUGUGUGAGUCAACAAAAACACACAGCACUCAUUUGUCAUGCAAAUUCAUUUUUCAUGACAAAAUUAAUUUUGUUUCCUGUUUUACGCUGUGAGAAACAAAAGUAAUGUUGACCUGUCUGUUUUAGGUUCGUGUUGGAGACAGCCUGGUUUAUAAAAAGGUACUUCUGAAUGAACAAACACAGCUUUAAAAUGUCAGAAUCUUACACAUAUUUUUCAUGAAACACAUCAAAGAGAAAUUGUUAUCUUUUUAACACUCCUGUUUGCCUGUUUCAGCCUUGCCUUCCUAUAGUUGUGCUCCUUGCAAAAACACGCAGCCGUUCUUUUUGGGCCGUAAUGAUAUUUUGGGUAAGAAUGCCUUAAUUUCAAUAAGACAGGACUUUUACUUCUUUCAGUCAUUUGUAUUUAAGAAAUUGCAACAUCAUUAAGUCUUAAAAAAAGGCAAUAUACUCAUGUUGUCUCCAAAUCCAUGAUUUGCAGGAAGACACUCGCUUGAUUGAACAGAAGUUGGUGAAAUAAUAAAAUUGAAAAUUAAAAAGAAAAUUAAUAAAGUCAGAGCCAUAUUAAGGAUGAAAAAUAUUUGAUAUUUUGAGAAUAAAGUUGCAUAUUGCAAGAAUGAAAUCUUGAUAUUGUGAGACUAAAGUUCUUAAAGAAUUCGGUUCAAUCUAAAGCUCCAGUGAGGAACUUUAAGCUUGUGUCAGUUUUGGCGCCCCCUGUGGACAAAAUAGUGAGCAGUGAUUUAUGACCACAGAUAUCAUCCUGCUGACUUUUGACAGCCAAGUUUUUCAUUCACUGUGAAUAAUUUAGGUGCAAUUUGUAAAAGCAGGGCUGCGUUUACAGCUGCGAGGUUACAGACCGACCCCCUCAAUUGAGUUUUUAGAUGAUAAAAACAAGAAUAUCAAAAUCUUCAGUCAUGUUGAUUAAACCAUUGUUGGCUUUUGUAUAUGAUUGAAAAGCAUUACCAUGAAUUUUAGUCAAUUUCAUAGAUGCCCCAAAACUCCUUAUAGGAGAUAAUGAGAAAUAAAACAAUAUACAGAGAAAUUAGUGAAUGAUUUUACAUGGAAUAAAAUAAAUAAGUUCAAAAGUUAUAGUUAAAUACAAUUAAAUCAAAUAGAGGUCAGCUAAAGAAGCCAAAAAUAGUAGAAAACUAAAUAAAAAACUCCAACUAUGAAAAUCAAGAGCCAGGUUUGAGAGAUAUAUAUCAACUGUCCUUCAAAACCAAACAGAGUGAGCUCACAGUUUUAAUAUCCAGAGACAGCGAACUGCAGAGUUGUAAUGCAUAAAAACAGAAACUCUCUCACUGCUGUUUGUGUGGGGCAAUCAAAGAACACUGAAAAGGGAAACACUGGAGGACUUUAGUAAGUUCACUGUAAAAUUAUGAUAUAGCUGAAUGGGGCUUAGAUCUGUGAUGACAGUCAUUAGUCUACAUGAGUAACAUAAAUUCAUGAGAUUAAUGAACCACAUUCAUAUCAUUUGAUUCAUAAUCUUUCAAGAGUUAAGUUUGAUUAUGAUGAAAGAAGUCCUAUUUACAGACUCUUAUGAGUGGAUUUGUAAAAUAAAAAUAAUCAUCAUAUGAAGUUAAACUCAACAUGUGAGGACAGGCGGUGGUUGCAAAAUCAAUUAAUUCUCAUAAUAUCAAGACCUCAUUCUCGUGACAGUUUGUUGUUUCAAUUACAUUAUACUUUUUAUAGUGUGGUUUGUUAUUUCAAAAUGCAUCUUUCUGAUUUUCAUAACUUUUUUUUAAUGUGUUCAGGUCAACUAUGUUGGAUUUCCUAUUUCUCUCUUUGCACUAAUGGUGGUGGGGUCGUUCUUUUUCCUGCUUUAUUUAGUGAGUAUCAUGACAUGAGAAAAUGAGAAAGAAGUUACUUUCAGUGUUAUGAAUAAAAUACCAACUUUAUAGAACAGUUAAACACAAAGCCAAAUCUCUUCUUUCUGUUUAUAGGAAACAUCUGCAUGUUACUACAAUAAACUGAGCUCUUGGAUUUACAAGAAAAAAGGAGGGGUAGAAAUGGUACCAGUUGUGUUCAUCAGGAAAAACAAAAACAGCCAAAGUGAAGAGGAAAACAGCAAAAAUGUAGAAGCAGGAGAAAAAAUUGUGAAUGAAAAUGUGGUCUUGGAUGUAGAAGAUGGACAGACUGUUGAAGAGGAAGCACAAGAAACAAUAGAUGAUGAUUGGAAUAACAAGCGAUUAAUGUGGAUCCCUCUGUCAGAGUUCACCAAGCUGCAGGAAGAGCUGGAUCCCCCUCCUUCUCAACACCAGGUUCGAUGCUUGUGUUUAAUAACAGAACGUAAGAGUAAGUUCUACACGGUCCUGAUAGAUGAGGGGUCACCACUUUUACCCGCGGGUGCCGAGCUAGUUGAUCCUGACAAACCCACUCACAUAACUCUUGCGAUAAGGGGACAUUUGUAUUCUGUUGAGGAUAUUGUUUGGCCCCAACUCAGAACUUCAAGGAUAAAUCAGCCACUGUAG